UACACUCUCUGUGGUAUCAGGAAAUCCCAAAACUUUCAUAGAACAGACAUUUGUGAAACUUUUUCACAAAUGUCUGUAAACCUUCCACACAUGUAAAUGUGUUACUUCAGAGUCACAACAUCUGAAGCUCCAAUCUGCAAUUGUUUCUCACAUGCCUACUGACUUACACCUACGCCACUUCCUCUGUGUUUGCCAAGGUGAUAAAAAGCCAUUCUCUUCAAACCAUGAUGGCUAACUCCAGCAGCUUCAAGCUCGACAACGCCACCCUUUCCCUGUUCAAGAACGUAAACGUCAGCAUCACCAUCUCCAUCAUCUACAUAAUCGUCACCGUGGUGAACCUGGUGGGAAACGGCCUCUCCAUGUGGAUCCUCCUCUUCCGCACCUCUCCAAAGACUCCCUCCAUCAUCUUCAUGAUACAUCUCACCCUCACAGACCUGGCUGUUGGCUUUGCUCUACCUUUUCAGAUAGCCUACCAGCUCCAAGACUACCACUGGAAUAUGGGAUCCAACAUGUGCAGUUUCCUGACCCUGACCUUCUACACCAACAUGUACUGUUCCAUCCUGACCAUGAUGGCCAUCGGUAUUGAUCGCUACCUGGGCAUCGUCCGGCCCAUGCUCUUCAGAGAGACCAGAGAGAGGAAAGCUGUGGCUGUCAUAAGCUGUGUCCUCAUGUGGGUCGUGGUCCUGGCCGUUCUGAACCCGCUGAUGACCACAGACCUGACCUUUGACAUCCCUGAACUCGGGAUAACCACAUGCUUUGACAUGCUGAAGAAAGAUAUGCUCCCCUCCAAGAUAGCCUGGGCGGCCUUUGUGUUCGGCAUGGGGUUAAUCCUCUUCUUCCUCCCCUUCUGUGUCACGACAUUCUGCUACAUCAGUGUGAUAUGCAAACUUGCCAGUGAUCGCAAGACAGUGCAGAAAAAUAGAGCAAUACGUCUGGCUGUGGUCGUCAUCCUGGUCUUCAGCCUCUGCUUUGCUCCCAGCAACAUCCUGCUGAUGAUUCAUGGUGUCAUGAGAAUCUUCCAUGGUCAGUCUCUCUAUGCGGCCUACAAACUAUCUCUCUGUUUCACCUGUGUCAAUAGCUGCCUUGAUCCCUUCAUUUACUACUUUGCUUCCAAGGAAUUCAGGCAAAAGCUGAGACACAUAAUGAAUCUGCCGAGCCAGAGCAGUGCAGACUUGAUGAGGACUGACCACAAAGACAGCGUGUACUCUGCACAUUGCACCUUUGAAGGGAGGGAACACAGCAAAGUGUCUUUGAUGCCACAGUAGACCGCAGAACAGAAAAGGAGCUAAAGAGGGAAAAGUGUAAGGAAGUGAAAGAAAACUUUGUAGUUAAGGUUGCGCUGAAUGUUAAAGACUCUUGAAACGUAUUUGUCCUUGGGUCAAAAUGUGAUAUCAUUUUGCUUCUAUUUUUGUUUUUAUGUAAAAUUCAAACCACAGAGGCAGCUGAUUGUCAUUGCUAUUUUUUCUGCAUUACCUUAUGUACCCUUAAUAAAUGUUUUGUCUUUGUUUAUUUUACUAUUAUCAACAUGCAAAGCAACUGUAACUUUGAAAAAUGAUGUAGCAUUCACCAGUGUAAAUAUAAUGUAAAUAAAUUAACUUUUUUUUAAACCUUA